UUGGCGGCGGUGCAAGAAGGCAGUUGGAGUUGGUGCCAACAGGGAACACGAGUCCCUAACUCCGGCGCAAAUGAUAAAGAAGCCUCAGGGCCAAUAUCACAAACACCUGGCGAACCAAGCAGUUGUCUUCGUAAUCAAAGACCUUCCAUUCGAUCUCAAUGGCCACACAAAACCCUCAUCUCCCCCAUGGACCACCGAAGCCGUCACGCACGUCCUCCGAUUCAUCUCCCGUUACACCCUUCAAUCUCCUCGCUCCAUGGGCCGCCAGAAGGCCUUCCGCCACCGCACCCCCUUGCGACAGCGCAACCUCAACGAAGAAUACUGCAAGCUCAGCAACAACACCCUCGUUCUGGGCCCCGCGGCCCACAGAGACCCUCACAAGGCCCACCUCGGGCCCGACAAAGCCCUCGAGUUCUUCGAUUGGGUUGAAAUCCGUUUUGCCUUCGCCCACACCGAAUACACGUGCCGCGAGAUGGCCUGCGUGUUAGCCCGCGGCAACAAACUCAAAGCCCUCUGGGAUUUCCUAAAACGCAUGUCGUCGAAGGAAGAAUGCGACACGCACCCGCUCGUGACCACUGCGACGAUCACAUGCUUGAUAAAACUCCUCGGAGAGCAAGGCCUCGCUAAUGAAGCAUUGCUCACUUUUCACCGAAUGAGACAGUUUCGUUGCAAACCCGAUGUUCAUUCUUACAACACGCUUAUCCACGCGCUCUGCAGGGUUGGGAACUUCACCAAGGCUCGGUUCUUGCUCGAACAAAUGGAGCUCCCCGGGUUCCGGUGCCCGCCCGACACCUUCACUUACACGAUUCUUAUAAGCUCCUAUUGCCGGCACGGCAUGCUCACUGGUUGCCGGAAGGCCACGCGCCGACGGUUAUACGAAGCUGGUCGUCUGUUCCGGUUGAUGCUUUUCAAAGGAUUGGUUCCCGACGUUGUCACUUACAAUGCUUUGAUUGAUGGUUGCUGUAAGACUUAUCGCGUGGGGAGGGCGAUGGAGUUGUUCGAUGACAUGAAGAGGAGGCGCGUGGUCCCCAACCGCGUUACUUACGAUUCUUUCAUUAGAUGUUAUAGUGCUAUGAAUGAGAUUGAUAAGGCUGUUGAGAUGUUGAGGGAGAUGGAGAGGUUGGGGCAUGGAGUUCCUAGUUGUAGUUCUUACACGCCGAUCAUUCACGCGCUUUGUGAAGUUGGUAGAGUUGUUGAUGCUUGGGGUUUUCUUGUUGAGUUGGUUGAUGGUGGUUCUGUGCCUCGAGAGUAUACGUAUAGGUUGGUUUGUGACGCGCUUCGCGUGGCUGGUGAGGGCGGCUUAUUGGAUGAUGAGGUGCACGAGAGAAUAAAGAAUGGUAUAUGGAAUAGGUACAGGCAAGUGGAGAAAGUUAAACCAAUUAUGUAUCGAAAGGGGUAUCCUGAGAUGAAGGAGCUAGUUUGAAUUCAUUUCUUAUGCGAAGGGACUGUUUGUUGAGUCGAAUUUGAAUUUGAAGUUGAAUUUGGGGUGCUGCUAGUGAGCUUAGUGAGAUUUGGAUUCUUCAGAGAAGCUGAUUCAGCCAUUCAACAUUUUCCGCAACCUCUACACAGGCAUUCUACAUUUUAUGACCCCCCAAUGAACUGAAUGUGACUAGCCUUUGAGAUUCUCCAUUGUGUGAUAACCAUUAGCCUUUCAGCGUUUGGGGAGGUGAGUCUUGACAAACUGAGUUUUCAGAUUGCCCUGCUCUGCAUAAUUGGAAACUAUACAUAAUAUUUUCUGUAUGCUUUAUAUCAACUCUGAAGGAAACUAUUUGUCAUAUAAAGUGCUUAAAGGUUCCCCUGCCUGCACCUGUGGAAACUCACUGGUUGUUUCAACUAUCAAAUUUCCUCUAUUGAAGUUAUCAUUGCUUUACUCUACAUUGCACUUUUUGGGGUCAUUCUUGGACAUGACGAUUAUCCAAAGAUAAUCAGAUGUAGUGCUUGUUAUAGCUGAUGAAAGUUCCAUUAAUUUGCUCUGCAUAUUUUCAACCCAAGGGACUACAUCUAUAUUCUUACCAAAAGAAAUUUCCAAUGUAAAGACUAAGUGUUAUCUCUUUUUUAUUUGUCUACUUAGUACUAAUUAAUUAGACAUUUUCACUCUUAAAUAAUGCUACUAUUUUGCUUUGAGUAAACUCUUAUUUUAGCCCCUCUAACUGUAAGUGUCGGUCAUUUUAUUCCCUAACUUUACAAAAGCCUCACUUUGAUCCCUGCUUUUACAAAAUUAUGUUCAGUUUACUCAUUUUUCAUAUAAAAUGACAAUAAAAAUGAAGUGAAAAAUGAUUACAAAGAAUGAUUUUUCAAUGCUUGACUGGAUCUUUCAAAACUGUCCUAUCUUUUAAAGUAAUCAAAUGUUUUGACUUUCCUAUUAGUAAAAAUAUAUCACAUUAUUUGUCUACAUCGACAGUUUUCAACGUUAUUCGACAUAGUAAUACUUAUGUCAUAGUCAAUUUAAAUGACUAUCCAAUGAAAGGGACAGAAACAUAAUUUAAAAUUAAUCUUAAGUGAAGCCUACACAAUCACAUAAUCACCAAUGCCUGCUCGCCAAAUUCUCAGCAUUGGAAAAUGAAGGUUGUAUCCACAGCUUAGAUUCCCAAACCACAGAUGCAGAGGAAUAGGAAACUCUUACGAACUGAUGUUGUCUUUAAUACUGAGUAUUCUUGUCAUGGAGAUGAUCAUAAAUUUGAAGAACUAUGAACUUGUGUACUCAAGUUCACAUCAUAUGGUUUGAUAUAGGACUGAGGUCAAAACUCCAAAUGAGGAGAGUGCCAGUUCUAAGAAGAGUAAGAUAUUUAUCUUUAAAGAGCUUGCAACGAUAACCAAAUUUUUAGGGAUGAAACCUUUAUUGGGCAAGGUUGAUUUGGAACUGUUUCCUAAGGAAAAAGAUAGAGAAAAUGAAUCAGGUUGUAGCUGUUACAAGACCUUAUACUAAUGGUGUCAAAGGGGAGAAAAAAUUUUCAGUUGUGGUUCCCAUGGUCUAACCAAUUCCAACCUUGUUAAUGUGAUCAACGACUGGGCUGAAAGGGAUCAACAUCUUCUUUGAUAUUUCAUCUGAUAAAGAACCACGUGAUUGGAAUACCAGAAUGAUAAUAGCUGUUGGUGCAGCAAAAGGACUAAAUUAUCUGUACCGUUGUGCUAAAGCCUGUGUUAUACAGGAUCUAUAGCAUUCAAUAUAUUACUUGAUAGGAGUGGACGUGGGUUUGGACCAUAAGGAAAGGCUCAAGGUAUGGAGAGUGUAUGUUAGGAGAGACCGGGUGAAGGGUAGAGAAGAUGAGGUGGUAGGAGUUGUAACAAAAUUGUCAAACAGUGGGGAAUGAAGAUUUGGUGUAUAUAGGGAAUGAGUAGGAGAGAGAGAGGAGGCUGGUUUUUUACGGGAAAAUUCUGUUAUGGGCAGAGGGCUGUAGCCUCUCUGAAGGAGCAGUGGGGUUGUUUUUCCUUCUGUAUUGCUUUCUUCUACAUCAAAUAAUACAAUCAUUCCCAGAUUUUUCAAUC